AUGCACCUCCAGGCUCUCGUCUUGCUAGUCUUUGCGGUGGCUUCUUCGUCGCAGCAUAGAGUUGUGCACGAGAGAAACCAGCUGACACCGCAGCACCACUGGUUCGAGCAUUCCAUACAAGAUACAAGCCGAGUAGUUCGUGCUACUAUUGGCCUCAAACAAAGAAACUUGGACCAUGCGUACGAUUAUGUACUCGAUGUGUCUCACCCGGACUCGGCCAACUAUGGCAAGUUCUGGAGCCGUCAAGGCGUAGAAGAGAUCUUCAGUCCCUCGUCGGAGUCUACUGACGUUGUCAUGGACUGGUUGAAUCAGACUGGCAUCCAUAUGUUCGGGACAACGUACCAUCAAUACCAGAAUGUCAAGACUGGUGCGUCUAGCUACGCUUGCGCUCAUUACUCGCUGCCAGCCGAGGUGGCACUUCAUGUGGAUUACGUCCGACCUGGUGUGACGCCCAUGUUGAACUCCCAAAGGGCAAAGAAUGUUCAAGGCAUUCAACGAAGGGAUGCCCCUGUUCCUUUUCAUCAAGGUCCGGCAAAAGGACCUAUAAUUCCCUAUCCACCCCAUAUUCCCCCGCCUGCAAAGCAACUCCCGCCAGAGCUCCAGUAUUGCGGUUACAAUAUCACUCCACCAUGUCUGCGAGCUUUGUACAAUCUUCCAGUGCCACUCAAAACCUUGGGAGAUGGCGAGUUGGGUGUUCAGGAGAAUGGUGCAUACUCACAGGAGGACCUUGACGACUUCUUUGCAAAAUACGCCCCUAGUGUUCCGAACUCAACCCAUCCACACUUGGUCUCGAUCAAUGGAGGUACUGCACCCACCACGACGGACAUGGCAGACGGAGAGGCGGAUCUCGAUUUUCAGGUUGCUUACGGCCUCUUGGGCCCUUCCAAUAUCACUUUGUACCAAGUCCAGGAUCCUGUGAAUUAUCACAAUAUCACACCCUUGAUGACUGAUCUUCUGGACGCCAUUGAUGGUUCUUUCUGCGAUGAGGAUCAGCGUCAAGGUGGUUUUAUGUGCGGCGGCGACUCCCUGACGAAUGUUCUAUCUGUGUCUAUGGAAGACCCGGAGCUCUUCAUGCAGUGCUCGGUAUACCAGCAGCGGGCUUGCAACGAGUUCAUGAAGCUGGGCCUCCAAGGCAAAACGACCAUCUUCUCAUCUGGAGAUUAUGGUGUGGCGGCAUCACCAAGGUUUGGCGAGCCUUUGUGCUUGAACAACGGCUGUGCACCCCAGGAUCUUCAGAAUCAUCCUCUGCAGGACCAAAUCAACAACGGGACUAUCUUCAUGCCUGGCUUCCCGUCAAACUGCCCUUAUGUAUUAUCUGUCGGUGGCACAAUGCUCGAGUCUAAUCAGACUGUGCGAGAUCCCGAGACAGCCAUGAAUCUGCCAAAUGUUGGAGCCUGCCCAACUUACCCAGCCGUGCGAUUUUCAAGCUCAGGCGGCUUCGCGAACUUCUUCGACCGGCCAAGCUAUCAGGAUCAAGCCAUUACCAACUACUACUCGAAGUUCGGCCCAUCUUACCCAUCGUACGAUUCAAACAAGCUCGAUGUGACCGACAACGCCACAAACAUUGGCAAGAACGGAGGUAUUUACAAUCGCAUUGGCCGAGGCACUCCGGAUGUGUCGGCGAACGGAGCGAAUUUCAUGAGCUUCAAUCAGGGCCAAGACAAACCUACGGACGGUACGAGUGUGGCGGCUCCGAUUUGGGGGUCCAUCGUGGCGAUAAUCAACGAAAAGCGUGCGCAGGCCGGAAAGGGACCUGUGGGGUUCAUCAAUCCUGUACUUUACGCACAUCCUGAGGCACUCCAUGACAUUACCAGUGGGAACAACCCUGGAUGUGGGACCGCUGGCUUUGAGGCAGUCGAGGGAUGGGAUCCUGUAACUGGGCUGGGGACGCCUAAUUUUCCAGCGCUGGAGCGACUCUUCUUGAGUCUUCCCUGA